AUGGACGCCCUCGGUCUGUUCCGGGCGUCAUUGCCUGGCGACAAAGAUGCGUCCAAAGUCGAGCCCUUCCCUACCACCUCAUCCGAGCCUGCAGACGCCGAAGCACAACGCACCGAACUACACGAAGCGACACACCUCUACCUGCCAAAGCCUACACCACUAUGCAUAAGCCUAGACUCAAAGACACGCUUCGUGCUAGAAGGCGACGAAGUCGACCUCCGCAGCGUGUACCUGGCAUGGGUGCACAGAGAACUCAACAUUCCGGACUACCUCGCCAAAUUCACCGAUCUCAACGCCAAACUCCCGGCAGACAAGCAAGCACGACAGUUGAGCUUCGUGGAAAGAAUUGAGCUGGUCUCCUGGCUCGAGGGAUCAGAGAGUUCAGACCUGGUAAAGCCACUUGAGAUUACCGCGGACAGUGCAGCCGCAUCUGGCACUGUUCCCGUUGUUGCAGGCACCGGCGCAGCAGUAACGCAGACCUCGAUCAACGGCCGCCCUGUCAAGGUGAUUGAUGCACGGUUACAGGCAAUCUACAAUGGGGAGCGGAAGAUGGGCGACCGAAACACGAUCCUGAGAGGCAUCAAGCCGACGGAUUUCUCACAUGUGCGAAAAUAUCGAGACCUAUUCAUGCCGAAGAAAAGCAAAGAUCCAAAGUCUGGACAAUUGCCCACGAGGUCAAUACCGCCGGGCAUGCCCAACAAGGGUGCCGUGUCCGCGAAACGAGUCGAUCCCAUCAUCAUGCUUUCGCCUUCGGCGUCUUCGCUGCUGCGCAUGUCCAACAUCAAGACCUUCCUCGACACAGGCCUGUUCGUGCCGUUUUCGCACCCAGAGCUGGCGAACCAGGGCGCGGCUAACCUCCUACACCUGACGAGACCGCUGAAGCAGAUCAGUGAGAAGCCAUUCCGGUUCAUCUUAGUGGACUCGCCGGAUCAGUUCAAGACCGAAUACUGGGAGCGUGUGGUAGCGGUGUUUACGACAGGCCAGACGUGGCAGUUCAGAGGUUACAAGUGGAGGGAGCCACAAGAGCUAUUCUCACACGUGCUAGGUAUCUACGUGGGGGAGAGAGGGUUGCCAGUGCCAAGCGAUGUCAAGAGCUGGGGCAGCAACGUGAAGACUUUCCUGGUAGAUCGAUGGGAUGAGAAAACGCAUGGUGUAGUAGAUCACGAUACUAGAGUGGCACGACGAUGGAAGGACAGGGAGGUUGUAGAAGACUUGUGGCGGACGAUCGAGUCGAGCAUGAAGGGAAAGUCAUUGUGGAAGCGGUGA